GUGGCUCCAUCUGGGGAGCAGUCGGCACUGGCCAGCCCUGGGCACCAUGGGCUCCAUCUCCAAAGACCUGAAGACGGCACUGGAGGUUUUUGCCAUCUUCCAGUGGGCUCUGAGUGCCUUUCUCAUUGUUUUAUUUGUGACCUUUUUCCACCUCUACCUGGUGGUGUUCACAUCCUACUGGCCGCUGACUGUGCUCACAAUUACGUGGCUGAUUUUUGACUGGAAGACCCCUCAGCAAGGUGGCCGGAGGUCAGCCUGGGUAAGGGGUUGGUGCCUAUGGAAACAAUACAGAGAUUACUUUCCGCUCAAGAUGGUGAAGACUCAUGACCUGUCCCCCAGCCACAAUUAUAUCAUCGCCACUCACCCCCAUGGGCUCAUGUCCCACGGUGCCUUUUGCCACUUUGCUACUGAGGCUUCGGGCUUCUCCAAGACCUUCCCCGGCAUCACCCCAUACCUGCUCACCUUGGGAGCCUUCUUCUGGGUGCCCGUCCUUAGGGAAUAUGUGAUGUCUAGUGGAGCGUGCUCUGUGAGCCAAGCGUCCAUGGACUACCUGCUGACUGGCAAAGGCUCAGGCAAUGCUGUGGUGGUAGUGGUGGGAGGCCUGGCUGAGUGCCCUUAUGCCAGGCCCGGCUUCUCCAAGCUUGUCCUGAAGAACCGUAAGGGCUUUGUGCGCGUGGCCCUCCGGCACGGGGUGGCCCUGAUCCCUUCCUAUUCCUUUGGAGAAAAUGAGCUCUAUGGUCAGCACAUCUUCAGGGCAGGAGGCUGGGUCCAUCGCUUCCAGGAGUGGUUUCAGAGCCUGGUGCACAUCUACCCCUGUGCCUUCUACGGCCGAGGCUUCACCGAGAACUCCUGGGGCCUUCUGCCCUACAAGCGGCCCAUCACCACUGUCAUUGGGGAGCCCCUACCGAUCCCCAAGAUUGAGAACCCGAGCCAGGAGACAGUGACCAAAUACCACACCCUAUACAUCAAGGCCCUGCGGAAGCUGUUUGAUGAGCACAAGGCCCAGUAUGGCAUCUCGGAGACUCAGGAGCUGGAGAUUGUUUGAGAGCUGCCCACCUGCAAGCUCCCUGACUUAAGAGGGAGUUGUUGCACUCAGGGGAUCUGUGGGAGGACUUGUGGGACAUGCGGACUCUGGUAGGGGGCAGACGGGGCCCGAGGGAGCUUGGGCCGGGGACUGUUUGAGCUCUUCAUACCCUGAUGGCUGGAGCUCCAACCCUGGGCUCGUGGAGGCAGAGAAGUGGCACAGGGCCAGGCAGGG